GCAGCCGUGUUUUGGUAUUGGUUUUGGUUGGUAUUUUGUGGAAAUUUUGUAAAUAGCAAAAAACGAAUAUAUAUAAUUUGGUUAUAAAGAUGUGUGAUGAACUAAAACUGUACAAACAAGGCGCCGAAGCUAGGUUGUAUGAGUGCGUAUACCUGGGUAAACCAACGAUAAUUAAAGAAAGAUUCCAGAAGAAAUACCGGCAUCCCGACUUAGACACCACAAUUACAAAAGAGAGGAUAAAAAAUGAAGCCAGGUCCAUAGUAAGAUGCAAAGCUGCCGGCGUUAGGACUCCUACAUUAUAUUUAGUGGAUUUUGAUCGUCGGAGAAUAUACAUGGAACAUUUCACGAACAGUAUCACAGUUAAAGACUUACUAAUAUACUACAAAAAAGCAAACAUAGAUGAAUCCGCUCCAAAUACUGUAGCUAAAAAAAUUGGUGAAACAGUGAGAAAAAUUCAUGAUAACAAUAUUAUCCAUGGAGAUUUGACCACGUCAAAUAUGUUACUAAUACAAAAUAGUCCAAGCGAGGCAUCAGACCACACUAAAUGGCUGAAAUAUGAUAAUUUAAACAUAAUUCUAAUAGAUUUUGGGCUGUCUUUUAUUGAUUCCAGCACUGAGGACAAGGGUGUUGAUCUGUAUGUUUUAGAAAGAGCAGUGAUAAGUACACAUAAUGAUUAUCCAGAUUUAUUUAAUAAAAUUCUAGAUUCUUAUAAAAAAUCUGGUAAAUCUAAUAUUAAAGAAGUUAUGAGUAAGUUUGAAGAUGUCCGAGCUAGAGGCAGAAAGAGGACCAUGGUUGGAUAAUAUGGUAAACCAAUUUUCAACAAUAAAAUAUUUUUUCUAUUA